AUGGACUCGGAUCAAGAAGAAACCCGUCCUGAAUCGUCAUUAACGAUUCAGCAUUACCAGGCCCAGAUUCAUGGCCUCAACACUACUAUUCAGAAUCUCAACACAACCGUAACACGACUUCGAGAGUCACGGGACCUUCAUCGUUCCAAUGCAAAGACUCUCACUGCUACAAACACGGAAUUGCAGGCCAAAAUUCAGGCCUUGACUAUCAAAGAAGAAACGGUUACUUUAGUAGAGCCUCUGGAUUCCGAUGUGGAUGAACAACCAAUCAAAUUGGAAGUUACCAAGACUGGAACACCUGUCCCUACUGUCCUUGUUGUCGGGAACAAUAAGAAAUACCCUGAUGUGCCCUACUUCUAUGGUGAAAAAGAGAAGUGGGACGAGUGGCGAUUCCACCUGGACUCCAAGUUUCGGCAAAGUGCCGUAUUGUUUCCCAGUGAAAAAGAUAAAAUGGACUACAUUCGGGACCACUGCAAGUCAAUUGCAUUCGACGUGCUUAAGGCACGAGCAGAUCCACUGAGCGAGGAUCCCUACAACACCACGAAAGAGAUGAUUUUAGAGCUUCAUGGCAUGUUUGGUGAUUACGAUAAGCUGGCAAAGAAUGACGCCCUACUCCAUGACCCGGCGUUUGCUAUGAAAAAGAAGGAGGCAUUUGACGAGUUCUAUGCUCGAUUUUCAGCUACCAUUGCGCCAUUGGGCUACAGCGAAAGUCACAAGAUCGCUGCACUACGAAGACUCAUUACUCUCAAGCUCCGGUCACGAAUCGCCGGUAUCUCAUCGUCUUCCUUCCGCUCAGUUGUUGAGCAUUUGCGGAAGACUGACCAAGACCUCCGUCAAUUGGAGGCUAUGCAUGUGGAUGUGGAAGAGAUUGAUGAACAGGAGUUCAAAUCAGGCUUAUAG